CGGUGGCAGCGGUGUAAUAAUGCUCCCGGAAUCCGCCCCACGAUUGCACGAGCUGCGUGCACAGAAUGACAGAAAGCCGAGAUGGUUGGUAGGGAUUCAUUCUAAAAUACGGGGGUUAUGCAAACACGGACAUCUCCCCCUGCCCCCACCAAGACCCUCACGAUGUCGUCGUUCCAGUUGCCCGCUAACGCAGACGAGGACAUCCUUGAACGCAAGAUCGACGAAGUGCGAGGCAACCUGCAGUCGCUAAACAUAUCGUACUGCGUCGUCGCGCAGCCUGCUAUCACGGUUUCGCUUUUAUCCAGCGUGCGAAAUCUUAAGACUCUGUCGUGUAUCGGCUGCCCCCUGAGAGUGAGCCGCCUCUUGGACCGGCUGCUUAUGCCGUUGCAGAGCGUGACUCACCUCGAGUUCUCGCUCCUGCACGACAAGAACUACGUCAAGGAGGAACUCCUGAAUAUCGCGGACGUGGCGAUCAUACACGACAGUAGGGGAACCAAUAUCAGGAAGAUGUACGUCGAGGUAGCUGACGACGACAAUAUGAAGGUGUUGCGGUCGUUCCUGCAGUACUGUCCGGUCGUGAUGGACCUCCACGUACACGCCAUACGCUACACUUGCUUCGACUUCGGCACGAUGCCGUGCUUGCCCAACGUCGAAAACCAGCGCAAACUCGCGGCGUUCACGUUCACCUGUGAAGCGUCGUACCAGACGCAGUCGGAACCCGCGCAGCCUCUCGACUUGCAGCGCUGCAUCGCAAUUCACGGUAACGUGGUCUUCAGGGGAAGGACGAAGGACUUCAGCUGCGUCCUGCUACGCGACCUGGUCAUGUCGCCCAAGCCGCUGCCCCUGCUCGAGCCCACCUUCCUGGUCGCCGUCGACGGACCGGACGUCGGUUGGCAGUUGUUGAAUGCCGGCCUUCGACACAGCUGGGGCGAGCUACGCAGCCUGUGCAUCGCGCUCUUCUCUCGAACACCCCUCGAAACCGUCUACCCGGCGGUCCAUGGUAGGUCCGACGCAAUUCUUCGCGACUUCUUCGCCAGGCUUUGCAACCUCGUCGAGCUGAACGUCAGCUCCUUUCAUUUCGGCGACGGCAUCGACUUCACGGAGCUGCUGGCUACGCCUGCUCUGCAGCGACUGCGGGCACUGGCCCUCCCUCCCUGCGGCCUGCGUCGGAGAGGCGCCGUGCGCCGGCUCGCCAUCGCUCUCGGCGACAUCGAGGACCUGGAUAUCCGCGUCAACUUGGACGGCCGCCACAGGAGCUGCACUCUCUGCGAUCAGGAACUGAUCAUCGAGCCUGCGGACGCCAGCGCGUUUCGCAUCGGCUCGGGUCGUCUUACUAUAAGCAAUGUGCCGAGCCUCGCUUCGUUGGACUUCCUCGAAUGUCUCCGGGUGUCCCAUGUGCGGUUCAUCGACGUCUCCGACAAACCACGCUUCGAUUUCGCGGCGCUCGCCAAGGUUCUGCGCUCCAACGACACCCUCCGCUUUCUCGUUGUGCAAUUUCGCUACGCCGCCUUCGGCGAGCAGUGCUUUCAGACCUCCCUGCGCCCCGCGAAGGCUUUGCAGCGCCUGUGCCUCCUGACCCAAAGCGAGCUGGUGUCCGAGGCCGCGGAAGGGAUCGUCCAAUCGCUGGCCCACCAGCUGACGUCACUAUUUUACGUACACAUGCACUACGUGAAAAGAGGAACGCUCGGGGAGACCAGUGUGACGUGGAUCCAACUGCCCGAAGGUGACGCGAAAGGCCAGUCGCGCCGAGGAAAGGUCGUUCAGGGCGUGCCCUGCAUUAUGUGCUCAACCCAGACGUUCGUAGCGCUCGCGAAACCGCGCAUUCAUAAAUAUCUGUGGCUAGUACCUGAACAGUAGUAGACCGAGCAGCGGGAAACAGGCCCGUCAUUGGUCACGGCAACACCGUUAUUUCAAUCAGUGACACUUGGAUGCCCCAUGAUUGGCGUGCGUGAUUCUUGUACGCGAA